AUGCUCGCGCGUUCCACCCGCCCCGCCCUCCGUCAGGCCGCGGCCCGCGUUAAUUGCGCACAGCCGGCUCGCUUCGCGCACCAUGGGUACGACCCCAUCCCGUUCAAGUACCAGCACAAGGGCCGCUUCGCGCUCAAGAUGACCUCCUACCUCCUCUUUGGCUUCACCCUUCCUGGCAUUGCCGCCGCCUACCAGAUCUGGAAGAGCGGUGCAUAA